AUGGAUCAGAAUGCUUAUCAAACGAGGCACAUUGCUGCCAACCUUGAGCACGGUGCUGAUGGUACCACAACUCUUUACACCAGUGUUCAACAUGAGCCUUUGCGUCAUAACGAGGCGGAUAAAGUACAGGAGGAUGUUGUAACCAGUCCAGCAGAAGUUCAAGACGUCGGCUGGGACGAUGAUCAGAUGCGACCUGAGGGCUAUGCUCUCGAUGGCAUAAAGAACGAAGACAUCUGGCUUCUCGUCCGAAGGUUCAAUAAACGUGUCUUCCAUCUCAAACAUGCCCCAAAUCACCCAGAAGCUGAGAUGGAUUUCAACGUUACUGAAGAGGAGCAAUUCUCUCCGAACAAGCUGCGUGCACAAAUCGAAAGACUUUACAUGGGGGCGAUACUUGGGUUCAUUAUGUUCAGACAGCACCUCUCGAGACUCCAGUCCUGGAGGGAACCAAGACGAACAUCAUGUUUUUGUCUAGCUUAUCUCUCUGCGUGGUAUUUCAACUUCCUCAUGCCAACACUACUGACAGGUUUGAUGGUCAUCCUGCUCUCCCCCAAAAUUCGAAGCACAUUAUUCCCGCCGUGCCCGCCUGCACUGGUCCACUACCAAGGCGGCCACUUGAUAAAGCCAGCCGCGGGUAUUCUAGGAACGGUCGAUACAGCUACAGGCGCUCCAGAGAGCCUCAAGGGCGAAACCUUGGAGAGGGAAGCCAGCAACUUUGCAACAGGUCUUGUGGCACUGUCUAUCAACAUAUUCGUCGAUAAAGAUCCGCAGCACGAUGAAACGCAAAGGGGAGGUGGAAAGACUGUUAACCUUCCGGACCCAAGAUCAUUAGCUACUAGGAUAGCGACUGCAAAGGACAUAGCAGCUGGAGUCGAGAAACCCUCUUGGGAUAAAAGCAAGUCGCCUAUGCAGGAGCUUAUGUGGAGUCAGAUGAGGCCACUGAUGCACUGGACCUGUCGCUUCUGCGAUAUUUGGGAGAGAAGCGCCAAUCUCCUUUAUCAAACCGCACCUUUCACAAGAGAUGCUGCCGAGCGUCGAAUCAUACAACUACUCCUACCGAUUGUGAUCUUGUCAAUUUUCACAUCCUGUUACAUGUUUUACAGAGUUGUUACCUUGGGCAUUGGCGUUGGCUUCUUUGGUAGCAUCUUCUUGAGAAACUCUUAUGGCUGGCUAAAGCAUAAUAUGGAAAGAAUUAUAUUCCGGGGAAUACCGACGGACUCCCAGUUGACUAUAGCUCUUUUACGACAGGGUGAACGCAACAAGGCCCCGCUACCACCAUCCCCCGAACCAAAAUGUCCACCUCUCGACGGACCUCAUGUCCUUGAUGGCGAUAUUCUCAGUGCGGCAGCUGGUGAUCGUCCAGUAGGAGCGUCACCCGAGGAGAUUCGAAAAGCUGUUCGGGAAGAGCCUGAUGUUAUCCAAGACACCGGCGGUGACGACCAUGAGUACCCUGACCAUGAGAGCGGCGGGAAAAGACGCGGCAAGCUCUUAAGCAUCGUCAAGCCUGUUGCACAGGCAGCAGCAAAGACAGUCAUAGGCGUCAAUAAGAUCCGAGCAAAGACUGGAACUGUAUCAGCGAAGAACCGGGUUGGAGCUGCGUCGACCAGAGAAGAACCAUCCAUUGCUGGACCGGUAGAGUUUACAUGCCGCUGGCACGGAGAAAAGGGAUAUGUGUAUCUCACUACCGACACUGAUGCUCCCCACCUGUGCUUUUCUAGAAGGUCAGUUGGUGAUUCUGAUGAUUCAAGCUACCACGAGGUACUGCCAACUUGGACGAUACCUGUGAAUGGAAUUAUAACACUGAACAAAUACUCUGGAUAUGGAGCUAAAGCAAAACUUCUUGCUGGAUGGGCCUUGGAAAGAGAGAUUACGGAUGGGUUGGAAAUAGUUGAAAGCGAUGGAAAGUCCUAUUUGAUCACAGCAAUGGCUCGGAGAGAUCAGCUUUUCAAUCGACUUUGUGCUAUUGGUGAUCAGAAAUGGGAAAUCUGGUAG